AUGGCUCACCAAGGACAAGCAGCUGAUUACUACAAUCAGAAUAUGGCCGGUGCUCCAUAUGAGCAGCAGAACUAUCAGCAGUAUCCUCCUCCUACUACGGCGCCGCAACAGCCUUAUUACACUCCUCAGCCGCCACAGCAACCGCAAGAACCCAAGUAUUCAGUGGCCCCUCCCACCUAUGGCGACAACUUCGUCGCUCCUCAAGACGACAAACAGACCUUUCAGGAGACGUUCAAGAUCCAGAAGCCUAAAUUUCAUGAUCUGUGGGCCGGAUUGCUGCUAAUCGCAACGUUCUGCGGAUUCGUCGCCGUUUCAGGGCUCACGCUGUACCGCUACUCUAAAUACCAUAGCUUCAAUGGAGGAGGGAUCUAUGGAGCUUCAAACAAUUUCUCGCUGGACACCAAUACCAUUGUCCUGUUCGCCUUCAUCCUCUGUGUCGGCUUCGUAUUCUCCUGGGCGUACUUCCUCGCCGCUCGCGCCUUCACAAAACAAUUCGUCUGGUUGACUGGCAUUCUCAAUUGCGCCUUGGCAAUUGGCACAGCUGUUUACUAUCUGUAUCGACAUUUGUGGGGAGCAGGCAUUGUUUUCGCCGUAUUCGCUGUCAUUGCAGUCAUUGCCUUCAUCAGUUGGAUCCCACGCAUACCAUUCGCAGUGGUGAUGCUACAGCAGACGAUGGACAUUGCGAGAAUGAGGCGAGUACAUGUAUUCUUGGUCAGCUUAAUUGGCGGAAUUGCCAGCGUGGCAUUCGCGGCAUGGUUCUCUGUCACCCUCGUUGCGAUUUACACAUCCUAUAUGCCUGGCAAUUCCGGUAGCGCUGCCAAUCCAUCGUGCCCAGCCGCAGGCUGCUCGAGCGGCAAGGUCAUCGGACUCGUGGUGUUUGUGACCUUUGCGGGUUACUGGAUCACAGAAUGGAUCAAGAACACCAUUCACACCACUGUUGCCGGAGUUUACGGUUCGUGGUACUUCUGCGCCGGUAAACCAGGUGGCAUCCCUCGAGGCGCAACCGCUGGAGCACUGAGACGAGCAACAACAUACUCUUUCGGCUCUAUCUCCUUUGGCAGCCUCAUCGUUGCACUUAUCAAUAUGCUCCGACAAGCCUGCAGCAUUGCCCAGCAACAAGAAGCCUCGGAUGGCAACAUCGUUGGGACCAUCAUGUUUUGCGUUCUUGGCUGCAUUAUCGGCAUUCUAGAUUGGGCUGUUCAGUUCAUCAACAGGUACGCAUUCUCUCACAUCGCUCUCUACGGCAAGGCAUAUAUCCCAGCAGCCAAAGAUACGUGGACGAUGAUGAAAGACCGGGGCGUCGACGCUCUGGUCAACGACUGUCUCGUUGGCCCUGUCCUAACCAUGGGAAGUGUCUUCGUGGCAUAUGUCUCUGCACUGCUGGCUUACUUGUAUCUGGAAUUUACUCAUCCGGCAUACAACGACGGGCGCACCUUCACCCCAGUCAUCAUGGCGUUUGCAUUUCUCAUCGGACUGCAAAUCUGCCAGACUUUUACGACCCCAAUUGGAUCUGGAGUUGACACCCUCUUUGUGGCAAUGGCUUGGGAUCCGCAAGUGGCGAUGACGGAUCAUCCCGAGUUCUGGGAGCGGCUCGUGCAUGUUUACCCGCGGGUGCAGCAAAUCCUGACGGCCGUAUGA